AUGAAGCCGAGCCUACUAAAGCUGCUCCUUGGCUUCAGCUGCUUGGUCAGUUUGGCCAAAAGUAACAGUGAUGAGCCGACGAUCACCUACGAGCAGCUGUAUACGGCUGGGAAGCAAGCCUAUACGAAGAAAGAAUGGACGGAUUGUGUUGGGUUUAUGCGGCGGACCGUCGAGGAUUAUAACUACUACAACGACGAGACGAUUUGGUGUCGAGAGAUGUGCGAAAUGAAGUACCCGUCCAGCGCCGAGGCCUCCGGAAUGGCCCUCACCCAUCUGACGGCCCAAAAGGCGCUCUGCCUCUUUAGGUGUAAAGUGGAGCGACUCGGCGAAGACCGCCCUCCCCCGCAGCGCCAUCUCCUCUGGUUCGAGCUCGAGGAGCGCGAACCCUACCGAUACAUGCACAUUUGCUAUUGGCAUCUUGGCGACCUGAAAAAUGCUGUAAAAGCGGCGUACACGUACCUCGUGCGAAACCCCGAGCACCAGGAGACCAUUGAGAAUUUGCAG